AUGUUAGAAUCAAUUUUAUUUGCUAUUUUUAUUUGGUCAAUAAUAAUUUUAAAAAUUAUUUUCCGUUCCACCCCACAAGAAACCCAAACCAAUAGCCACGCCCAAACCAAUAGCCACACCCAAACCAAUAACCACACCGACACCAAUAACCACACCCACAUCAACAACGACACCCACACUAACAACCACAAAAUUAACGAAACCACAAAUUCUACCCCAAUCGAUCAAUCCCCAAAAGAAAAAAACAAGUAUGAUAGUUCCUCAACAUUCCAUUAUUCCGCAUUCAGACACGUAUAUUGUUGUUCCGAAUAUCAUAAUAAUCAAGACAAUUCUGGUCGUUCCUCAGUAACCCAAGAAAUUUUAAGUCAUUCCCCAAAACAAUUUCUUGAAAAACUCCAUGCCCCAAAAGAACCAGAAAAUGUAUUUCCAUAUUCACCAUUCGACCACACCAGUGAAAGAAUGGAAAAAGAAAAAUUAGAAAAAGAAAAUAUGGAAAUAUUAAAAAUGGAACAACAAAAAGAAAAGGAAUAUAUGGAACAAUUAAAAAGAGAAACCCAAGAAAGAGACCGUAUUGAAAAAUUAGAAAAAGAAAGAAAAGAAAGAGAACAUAGAGAAUCUUUGGAAAGACAAAGAUUAAUAAAAGAAAGACUAGAAAAAGAAAUUAAAGAACGUAGAGAAGCUAAGGAAAAGCAAAGAAUAGAAAAAGAAAGAGAAAAAAAAGAAAAAGAACAAAGAGAAAAAGAACAAAGAGAAAGAGAAGAAUUAGAACGUACCCAAACAAUUUUAAAAGAAACAUUACAAAGAGCAAUGGAAAGGGUACGUUUAGAAAAUUUAGAAAGAGAAAGAUUGGAAAGAGAAAUAUUAGAAAGAGAAGAAAGAGAAGAAAGAGAAAAAGAACAACAAGAAAGAGAACAACAAGAAAGAGAAGAAAGAGAAAAUCAAGAAAGGGAACAACAACAAAGAGAACAACAAGAAAGAGAAGAAGCAGAACGUAGAGAAAAUCAAGAUACUUGCACUAUUUGUAUGGACAGUAUUGAACCAAGCCAACUUGCCGCAAUCGAUUGUAACCACAAGUUUUGUUACAAUUGCAUUAUGGAAUGUUCUUAUCGUCGUGAUAACACAUGUCCAAAUUGUAGAGAUCCAUUCUAUUUGGUAAGAAGAGUCAAUGGUUCAACAAAUGAAGCCAACAUAGAGCAAGGUGAUCAAAGUCCACCAAUUUAA